GGAUGUGGGGCGUGGAGUGAACGAGGCCCCGGGGGGUCGGAGGAAGAAGAAGAAGAAGGCCUCAUUGCUUGUAACAAGCCGCUGUGUGUGAGGAGGUCCGUUCCCGUGUGUCCUGCGCUGAGAGAGGACACGAUGGAUCAGCGAUCAGCCAAAGAGAACCGCAGUGGAUUUUCUGGCUGUAAUGUGAAGAGCUUGACCUCUAUUGCUGAUGGACCAAAACGUAUUCCAGUUACCCAGCAGCAUGCCACCCAGGGAAGGCAAGCUGGAAGUGGCACGGCUCCACAGAGAAUUCUCUGCUCAUCCAACAUGCCACAGAGGGUCCCGAUUCAAAAGCCUGUGGUACCCAAUCAGAAGCAACAGACUGCACAGCCGACCAAUCAGACUCAACCAAAGCCUACUGCUCCCAUACAACAUCCAUGCAAACCACAGCUGGUGAAUGAGAAUAAGGACCCCACACUGACCAGUAGCUCAGUGGGAUCAGAUGUAGAAAAGAAGGCUGCUGAACAGAACAUGGCUCUGGCCACACCCAUUCCCAAGGAAGAGGGUAGAAAAAAGCAGUGGUGUCUUGAAGACUUUGAGAUUGGACGUCCUUUAGGAAAAGGAAAGUUUGGCAAUGUGUACUUGGCUCGGGAGAAGCAGAGUAAAUUCAUCCUGGCACUGAAGGUUCUGUUCAAGUCCCAGCUGGAGAAAGCUGGGGUGGAGCAUCAGCUACGGAGAGAGGUGGAAAUCCAGUCUCACUUGAGGCAUCCAAACAUUCUCAGGCUUUAUGGUUACUUUCACGAUGCCACAAGAGUCUACCUGAUCUUGGAUUAUGCCCCCCGUGGGGAGCUGUACAGGGAACUUCAGAGGUGCACAAAAUUUGAUGACAAGAGAUCUUCCACUUACAUCACAGAGCUGGCAGAUGCACUUCUCUAUUGUCACUCCAAAAAAGUGAUACACAGGGACAUCAAGCCUGAGAAUCUCCUCCUGGGGUCCAACGGGGAGCUGAAGAUUGCAGACUUUGGGUGGUCAGUGCAUGCCCCAUCUUCCAGGAGGACCACUCUGUGUGGAACCUUGGACUACCUACCCCCUGAAAUGAUUGAGGGUCGAAUGCAUGACGAAAAGGUUGACCUGUGGAGUCUCGGCGUUCUCUGCUACGAGUUUCUGGUCGGGAAGCCUCCCUUUGAAGCUGAAACGCACCAGGAAACAUACCGCAGAAUUUCAAAGGUGGAGUUUCGAUACCCUCCUUAUGUCUCGGAGGGGGCCAGAGACCUCAUCUCUAAACUGCUGAAGCACAACCCUAGCCACAGGCUGCCUCUAAAGGAUGUACUUGAACACCCCUGGAUUGUGCAGAACUCCACCAAGCACCCCACUAAGCCAGAGAACAACUCUGGCAAAACUCAGUGACUUGAAAAGGGUGCGCCACACUACAGAAUGUUCAUCACAUCAUGAUAUCUAGUAAUUCCCGAUUUCCCUGUGAGGCCUGAGAGAGCGAUGGUCUGCUGUGAAUACAUGGAAGUGUAAGAAGAGCCUGUGGAUGAGAUCUGUAUCUUUCAGGCAAGGAUGACAGUGCAAUAGUGAGCUAUGAAUGCUGUCAUGUAUUUAUUGAGGCUGCGGGUGCAGUCUUCACCAGCUGCUUGUUUCUGUGACUGAGUCGUCCUGAUCUACUAUGUAAAUUUACCUGUUAGAAAUUCUUUACAUUUUUAAUGUGUUCUGUCU